AUGCAAAUUGAACCGUUUGUCUGCAUUCACGAAGACGCCAACCUGCACACAUCUCCAAUCGAAUCGAUUCGUCCACGAAAAAAACGAAUGUCGAUACUAUCGCAAAAUGUCUCCAAACUGCCGGCGGCCGUCUCAGUCAACCACGACGAUCAACUAUCAUCAGUGACUCGACGCUUUGACGCCUUCAUCGCGAAUCUCGAAGGAAUCGAUCGCCUUCAUUUCGAUGUCAUCUCGUUAAUGCAAACGUUCGCCUACAGCAUUCUGACGGUCGACGACGCCUACCUUCCGAUUCGAAUCAAGGAAAUCUACACCCAAUUGCACACGAUGUGCAAUAGCUACAAACGCGGAUUUCACGUGCUGAUUGAUUCGUUCCUUCCCGAAGUCAACGCGUUCUACGAAUUGGAAGUCGAGCUAUCGACAAUCAAAAACGCGACGAUUGCCGAAGUUCGCCGAAAAGAGCUUCUCAUGCAUUUGGUGUUGAUGAAUCUUGGAUGCGUGUUCGGACAAGUCAUCAGAAGGCGUGGAAUGGAGAACGACGAAGAUGGAGACGAGGAAGAAGAAGAAGACGAAGAGGAAGAGAUAAUGGAGCACACCGACACAACCGAUGAUUCUUCGGACGAUGAGAUCGAAGCUGAUGACACCGAAUCGUCUUCGGACGAAAUCGACGUCGUCAAUUAG